CCUUUACCGCUCGGCUGACCAUGUAAUACUAUAUCUGCGAAAUUAUAUCUGCGAAAUCUUUCUUCCCAACGGGCAAAAUAGUGCUUCAUUACUAGAAGUGGAGGUCAAAACAAAAUGGAUCGCUUAUAACAAGGCGUACGCAAGUUUUUUGCUAGAGAAACAAGUGACAAAGGUGAUGAAAAAGAAAGUUAAAAGGCCGUUUUUAGAGAAAACAACAUAGAAGGUAAAAAUUCACUCAGAUCGUGUCAAAAAGUGUGAUACACAAGUAUUCGGUGUAACGACGAUCUGUCGGCAUAUUUGUGCGGUCCAGUGAAGAUGGCUGACGCUUCCCCGACGGAAGCGUCGCUUAAAAUCGCCUCCGUCUCAAAGUUCAUCUGAAUUUGUCACUGUCUGAAUAUUCAAGUUGGAAAGAUGACGUUCACUGGAAAUUGGUUAUUGAUACCAGCAUCAAUAGCUAUCCUUCUCAUAGCGAAAUAUGUGGCCGCAUUUCUAAAGCGUCGUCGGAUUAUUAACACCUAUCCGGUUCCUGGACCCCUGCCAUGUACCUGGAACAUUUUUUGGCCCUUCGGAGUCGAGACCUACAUGAUCGUUGGAAAACUUAUUAAAAACAUAAAUCCUGGAAGAGCCUUGUUCGAGCUAACGGAUUCAUUCACUUGCGAAUAUCGAUCCGCGGGUUUGUACCGUACGUGGGUUCUGUUUAGGCCCGUUGUCUCGCUGAUUCGGGCAGAGACCGCCGAAGUUAUUUUGAAGAGCACGAUCGAAACUCACAAAUCAAAGGAAGUUGCUCUCAUUGAAACUUGGCUUGGACAGGGACUCCUAACAGGCAACGGACCGAAGUGGCACCGUAAACGCAAGAUGUUGACUCCUGUAUUUCACUUCAAUAUUCUGGAGGAGUUCGUACCCGCCAUGAAUGAACAGGCUGCCCUGCUCGCCGAUAUCCUACUGGAGCAGAAAGGAAAGGAUAUCGAUAUCUUCAACUACCUUGGAAAGUGCACUCUAAAUAUAAUUUGUGAGACGGCGAUGGGUAUAUCAAUAAACGCUCAAUGCAGCGAGAGCGAGUAUUUACAAUGUGUACAUUUAGUGACAAAAGGUUUCAUAAACCGCGCCGUAAGUCCCUGGCUGUGGUCAGACUUCAUAUACAGGAUUUCUCCCAGUGGACGGGAGUACUAUCGUCACCUCAAGGUCGUGCACGAGUUCACCCGCAAGGUAAUAUUGGCAAGAAUGAAGGAAAUGCAAGAACAGCCAUCUCUGAUCAGAGAAGCCGCUGACGAAAAUGGACUAAAAAGAAGACAACCAUUUCUUGACACUUUGCUGAUAAAACAUCUCGAAAAUAACGAACUGACGCUUGAGGAGAUCAGGGAAGAGGUGGACACAUUUAUGUUUGCGGGGCACGAUACCACCGCAAUAGCUUUGAUGUGGCUAUUAUACCUUCUCGGGCUUUAUCCCGAGGUGCAGGCAAAGGUUCACGACGAACUGGACCGAGUUUUUGGCGACGACCGUAAAAGACCUGUUACCAUGGAAGACCUAAAUGAACUCAAGUACCUUGAGUGCGUUAUAAAGGAAUCGCUCAGAUUAUAUCCAUCCGUUCCUGCUAUUGCUCGACGAUUACUAAAUGAUUGUGUUAUAGGAAAAUAUCGCUUACCAGCUGGAGGAACAGUCGUUAUAGAUGUAUUUCGCAUUCAUCGAGAUCCCGAAGCGUUUGAGAACCCAGAGAACUUUGAUCCUGAUCGUUUUCUUCCCGAAAACAUGGCAAAAUUAAAUCCCUACACAUUUAUACCUUUUUCAGGAGGGCCAAGGAACUGCAUAGGUCAGAAAUUUGCUAUUCGGGAGGAGAAAGUUAUUCUGGCGACAAUUCUUCGCAGACUUCAAGUGAAGUCUCUUCUUCCUCGGGAGCGUCUGACGGUUGUUAAUGAAGUUGUAGUACGGCCGAUAGAACCUGUCAUGGUCAAGAUCCGAGAAAGGCCAAAAAAUAACAACGACUAUUUUAAAUAAGGCACACAAACUGCGAUGCGAGCAGUCACCGAUUUAUGGAUAUACAGACACUAGCUACAUAAUUUGUACGAAUGCCUAAUUAGAUAAGAGACUCAUUUUAGGGAUACGUGCACUUCCGGUCGCGCUUCUGCUUUCUAAGUUUAAGCAUCUUCGUUUCGAAAACUGUUGAAAUUAGCCUGAAGAUCCCACCUUGAUCUUCAGGCAAGUCAGUAGCAUUUGAUCACAACCUAAAAUGUUCUCAGAUAGAACAUAUAUGAUUAUAUAUGGCUGCUAGGUAUAAAGCCUAAAAACUUGAUAUUUAUUUGUUUUUUUCACGUUACAAUGAACCGAACGUUGUAGUGUGACGGCCAAAUAACGCUACGAUUGUGUCCGGGAUAGCGCAAUGGUCACGUGUCGUCCUGGUAAGCUAUGGAAUAUGUGCUAGCCUAAGCCUGAAUCCCAUCGUAUACACAGUCUUCGUCCCACGCUGGGAAAUAGCCGUCCGAGAUAAUACUAAAAGUAAAAUCAAUUCAAACUAUGACUAGGAGAUAUAAGGUUGGUGGUUUAGAGAUCUGCACACUAAACAUAUGCUAGACAAAAUUUGUUAGACUCGUCAUAGCUUUCCUUGUCGUUUCCUUGUCGGUGUAAACGCCUCGAACGGUACCUUAAGAUAACUAGUAAUGCAUUACUCACAAGUAACCAUUAGUCCAACAAAUCAAAAGCAAUUUUAAUACUGUAGUUUACUAUGCGAAGCUUAAGCAUGUAUGUACAUCCGUUUGAUUGCACUCAAGUUACGUAGGUAGUUAAUGUGUUGAAAUCUGCAGCUAAAGUACAAUACAUUGCCUUUUAGGCCAAAUUUCUCUAACGAGAAAGCUAACCCAACAAGAACAAGGCCAACAGAUGCACUUGCUUUUUUUUUAGCAACAAGACAUCGGGGCUCAAAUAAAA